ACGUAAGUAAUUCUUGAGUGGUUCAUAUUCAACUUCAACUUAUAGAUAACACCAUCAGCAACAUGAGCUGAGAUAUGAUGAGGAUGAAGAACCGUAUCUUCAUUUCACUUCUAAUCCCGUUCAGCCUUCUAUAUCAAUUAAAUGCCGAACUUAAAGCAAAUCCGAGUACAAGUAUCGGUGUUGUGAAGGAAAUUCAGGUCGGAGUGAUUCUCGAUAUGGGAUCAUUGGUCGGGAAGGUUGUUAAUAGCUGCAUUAGCAUGGCUAUAUCUGAUUUUUAUGCUCUUAACACACACUACACAACAAGGAUACUUCUUCACAUCAGGGAUUCCGAGGGACAACCCCUACGUGCUCUGUCUGCCGUUGUUGAUCUGUUGGAGAAUAUGAAGGUGCAAGCAAUCAUAGGCCCAGGAACAUCACCUGAAGCAAAGCUCUUGGCUGCAUUGGGGGACAAGGCCAAAAUUCCUAUCCUUUCUUUUACUAGGACUCAUCCUACAUAUCCUAGUUACCUUGUUCAACUUACACAAGAUCAAACCCUUGAAUUCGAUGGUGUUGCUUCCAUUGUAGAAUCAUUUCAAUGGAGGAAUGUUAUCCUUAUUUAUGAAGAGGGGGAAAUCAUUUCAAAUUUUGCCAAUUCGUUCCACGAGAAAAACAUUCGUAUUGCUUAUAAAAGUGAAAUUUCUCCAUCAACCACUGAUGAACAAAUCCUCCAAGAGCUCCAUAAUCUCACGAGUACUCUGCAUACAACAAUAUUUGUUGUGCAUGCAUCACCUUCUCUAGUGUCACGUCUUUUCUUAAAUGUCAAAAGGGUAGGAAUGAUGAGCGAAGGAUAUGUUUGGAUUAUAACUGAUAAGACUAUGGAACUCUUGCAUUCAAUGGAUUCUUCGGAAUUCAUUGAGUCAAUGCAAGGCGCACUGGGGUUCAAGUCUUAUAUUCCACCAUCAAGCGAGCUCCGCAACUUCACUCUAAGAUGGAGAAGGAAGUUUCGUAUUGAUGAACCAAACAUGGAAAUGACAGAGUUGAAUGUGUUUGGCAUACGGGCAUAUGAUGCAAUUGGGGCACUAGCAAGGGCAGUGGAGAGGGUAGUGGAUAAGAUUUCUCAAACCAAAGAACAAAAUGCUGCAUCGAACAUGAUGGGCUUAGCCAACAUUGGAGCUUCUCAAAGUGGCUCAAUAAUUCUAAAUGAGAUAUUGCAAAUUAGAUUUAGGGGUCUAAGUGGUGAGUUUCAAUUUAUGGACGGGAAACUAAUCUCUGGGGCAUUUGAAAUAGUUAAUGUGUUAGGCAAAGGGGAGAGAAGAGUCGGAUUUUGGACAUCGACCCAUGGAAUCACCAAAGAAAUGUUUCCAUCUGUCGGUGAAAAGCAUCCGAGAUCUUCAAGUACUAGUAGUCUUGAAGCCAUUAUCUGGCCUGGAGGAUCUACAACUACUCCAAAAGGUUGGUUGAUGCAAAUGAGUGGUAAAAAGCUGAGAAUUGGAGUUCCAGUGAAAGUAGGGUUCGAAGAUUUGAUAAAGGUGCAUCGAGAUCCUCAAACAAAUGCAACAAUUGCCACUGGUUUUUGUGUUGAUGUAUUCCGUGCUGCCAUUGAUGCCUUACAAGGUGAUGUACCUUACGAGUUCAUUCCAUUUGAGGAUUCCAAUGGGGAGCGGGCUGGAAACUACAAUGAUCUUGUAUAUCAGAUCUAUCUUCAGAAUUAUGAUGCUGCCGUGGGGGAUAUUACAAUAACGGCCAAUAGAUCUUUAUAUGCUGACUUUACAAUGCCAUAUACCGACUUGGGUGUUGGAACAAUAACAAGGGUUGUUGACAAUAAGAACAUGUGGAUCUUCUUGAAACCACUUGAUUCAAAUCUAUGGCUCACAAGUGCUGCUUUCUUUAUCCUAACCGGCUUUGUUGUAUGGGUUAUUGAGCAUCCGAUAAAUGAAGAAUUCCAAGGUUCGGCAGCUCAGCAAAUUGGAACGGUCUUCUGGUUCUCCUUCUCAACCCUUGUUUUUGCCCAUAGAGAAAAGUUGAUAAGUAAUUUGUCAAGGUUUACAGUGAUUGUUUGGGAGUUCGUUGUGCUUAUAUUGACUUCAAGCUACACUGCAACUUUGACUUCACUCUUGACAGUUCAACAGAUUCAAUCAGCACCAAAGCGGAAUUAUAUAGGUUUCCAAUAUGGUUCUUUUGUAGAAGGAGUCACAUGGAGCAACCUGAAUUUUGCAGACACUAGGCUUAUGCAAUAUUCUUCACCUGAUAAAUUUGCUCAUGCUUUAUCAAGGGGAUCUAAAUAUGGUGGUGUCACCGCCAUCAUUGAUGAGAUCCCAUACAUCAAGAUCUUCCUCGCAAGAUAUCCCCGUGACUAUGCCAUGAUUGCAUCAGAAUCUACCACAAAUGGCUUUGGCUUUCCUUUUCGAAAGGGUUCACCAUUGGUUCCUGAGAUUGCAAGGGCGAUUAUGAAACUAAGAGCAGAAGGAAAACUCAAGAUGAUGGAGGAGGCAUGGUUUAAGAGUCGGCAGCCAUUUCCAAAGGUCGGGGAUUCUAAGGCUAACCCCACCAUUCUGAACCUAGAUAGUUUUGGUGGUUUAUUCCUUAUUAGUGGGAUCUCUUCAACUUUAGCCCUUGUCAUAUUCUUGAUUAGUCGUGUCAAAAACUAUAUUAGAAAGUUGCUUCUGGUAAUUGGUUUUCAUGUUAAAGUACCGCUUUGCUAAAACAUGGUAUUAUGCAUUGAAGAAAUCAAUAUUGCAAUAUAAUUAUUUUGAACUUCUUC